CGCACAGUGGUGUGUUGUGUAUGACUUGCCUCCAUUCUCCAAUAUCAUAGUAGUAGAUGCCGUUUGACCGUAUUGAACCAGCAGUUAGUUCAUUGAGACAACAAAAAACUAAAACCUCGUUCUUUAUUUUUUCCCUCGGUGUGGCACCUUCUGUUUCCUUCACCGAAAACGAUUCAACGUUUCACGACCAAACUAUAUAUCCGCUGCCUUCGACACUGUGAAUCAUCAGAUCCUCCUCCCCGCCCUCUCAGGGCUGGACGUCUCAGGCGCUGCACACUCUUGGAUUGCAUCCUACCUGGCAGGCUGCUCCUACCAGGCUGUGUGUGCUGCUCGUGUCUCUGAUGUCAGCCGGGGGUCAUGAUUCAGACUGGAGCAGAUCCUGCAGGCCCCACCAAAGAAGCGUUGUCAGUGGUGAGUGAGGACCAGUCGCUGUUUGAGUGUGCCUACGGAACUCCCCACCACGCCAAGGCGGAGAUGACGGCAGCGUCGGCCAGCGAGUACGGCCAGACGGCCAAGAUGAGCCCCAGGGUGCACCAGCAGGACUGGCUGUCCCAGCCACCCGCCCGCGUCACCAUCAAGAUGGAGUGCAACAGUGGACAGGUCAAUGUCAAAAGGAACUCUCCUGAUGACUGCAGUGUGGGGAAGAACAGAAAAUUGUCCAGCGGAGGUGAGGGCGCUGCCCCCGUCACAUACAGCAGCUACCUGGAGGACAAGCUCAUCGCUCCCCCCAACAUGACCACCAACGAGCGCCGCGUCAUCGUUCCCGCAGAUCCCACACUGUGGUCCACGGAGCAUGUGCGCCAGUGGCUGGAGUGGGCAGUAAAGGAGUACGGCCUGCUGGAUGUGGAUAUGGCUCUCUUCCACAACGUGGACGGCAAAGACCUGUGCAAGAUGUGCAAGGAGGACUUCCAGAGGCUCACGCUGAGCUACAACGCAGACAUCCUGCUCUCCCAUCUGCACUACCUCAGAGAGACUCCACUUCCUCACUUGACUUCCGAUGAUGUUGACAAAGCCUUACAAAACUCCCCGCGGUUAAUGCAUGCUCGCAACUCAGGAGGUGCGAGUUUUAUUUUCCCCAACACUCCUGUUUAUCCCACUGACAACUCCCCCAGAGUCUCCACUAGGCCAGACCUGGCUUAUGAAGCAGCCAGAAGAUCUGUCUGGGCUCCUCAAGCUGUGUCUUCCACCAAAGGUUCCCAGCCCUCCCCAAACAUUGUCACCAAAACAGAGGAGCAGAGGCCUCAGCUAGAUCCUUACCAGAUCCUAGGGCCUACGAGCAGCAGGCUGGCAAACCCCGACUGUGGCCGGGACUCAAACAAACCGCAAUCCGCCGACAUCGCACUACUCUUGAGCUUUAAAGGCUCGGGACAGAUCCAGCUGUGGCAGUUCCUGCUGGAGCUCCUGUCAGACAGCGCCAACUCUGGCUGCAUCACUUGGGAGGGCACUAAUGGUGAGUUCAAGAUGACCGACCCUGACGAGGUGGCGAGGCGCUGGGGCGAGAGGAAGAGCAAGCCCAACAUGAACUACGACAAGCUGAGCCGCGCCCUGCGCUACUACUACGACAAGAACAUCAUGACCAAGGUGCACGGCAAGCGCUACGCCUACAAGUUUGACUUCCACGGCAUCGCCCAGGCCCUACAGCCUCACCCUCCAGAGUCCUCCAUGUACAAAUACCCCUCCGACUUAUCCUACAUGAGCACCUAUCAUGCACACCAGCAGAAGGUCAACUUUGUCACACCUCACCCCCAAGCGCUACCUGUCACCUCCUCCAGCUUCUUUGCUGCCCCCAACCCCUACUGGAAUUCCCCCACCGGGGGUAUCUACCCCAACACCCGGCACCCAGCCACUCACAUGCCCUCUCACAUGGGGACUUACUAUUAGACCUGCCAGGGGGAGGUCGUCUCACAACUCUAAAACUGGGGGAAGAAACGGGAAGAAACCGGCAAACACAAAGGGCAGUUUAGGAACCAAAUGAAAAGCGGGCAGGAUCAAUAAUGAAGGAAUAAUGUAGAGGUAGGGUGUAUGAGGUAGAGGUAGGGUUUCAUGCCCUAUAAUUACUUGUGUAAUUCUAGAGCAUGAGCAGGUAAGGGAACUCAAGGUUUUUUAAAGGAUUGAGAGGAGGGCUACAGACAUGUCGCUCGCUAUAAGACGAUAUAGGAGGGCACACUGUAAAAAGGGCAAUAGAGGAUGUUGCUAUGACCAAGGGCAUUGUGCGACAUGUAGUUAUUGGGAACAGUGAAAGACAAGUCUUUGAGUAGACGUAAAAGGGAGUUAUCAGUGGACUAUUUAACAUGAACAUGUCCUUUUUAUGAAGGGCGAUAAAUAUACCCCAAAAAUAACAUAUCUGCAUGAACAGUUGCUUAUUAUAUAUUAUUUUUUUUAAACUAUUCAACUACCUUAUUUAAAGAAGUUAACAUAUCAAAGACUGUACAGAUUAGGCAAGGUAAGUGAGAUGUAAGUGAGGAGAGGGGUGUGGUGUUGCAAAUGAGUGUGUACUUUAGAGUACACAGAGGAAGUAGGGAGGAGUACUAAACUUGGCUGUGGUAAACUGUGAAAUUAGCACCAGCAGGAAACACCUUGGGUAGACUUGUGCUAGAUGGUCAUGUCAUAUGACCAUGGAUGGACUCACAGACUGUUUGUGACCAAGGGUGGGGAAACAUCAGAGAGGAUGGCGGAUCAUCAAAAGACAAUGAAAUAUGUGAAAAAGUAAGUAUUAUUCCUUUGGAUAUUAUUAGCCUUAUGUCUUAUCAGUAUUUUUAUACUAUAUGGUAGUCCAUAUGGCAUUAUUGAACGUAAAGGAACUUUUUUUAAACUUGAUUGUUAUUCUUGAAAACAAUUCAUCAGUGUUUUGGAAAUUGAGAAAAACUGGAAAUAAGAUUCGUAAAAUGUAAUGUGUGACCUCAAAUCUUUUUAGAAGGAAGGAGGGUUUUUCUUGACCAGUGCCUUACCACAGAAACUCCCAGUUCAGCUGAAGAGAUUUUAUGAAGUGCCAAUUUUGUAUUAUUGUUUUUCUGAGUCACGAACGCUGUGCGUUUGUUAGAUUGAAGUAUACAAGUCAGUGUUAUAUUUCUUUUUAUAUGAUAAAUAUAUAACUUAUGCAUUUAUACACUACGAGUUGAUCUCAGCCAGCCAAAGACACAUACAACGUUUUUAAAUUAGAUAUAGUGACAAAAAAAGUAAUUGAAAUGGACCAAAGCGGGCAGUAAACAAAAACAUUUAAAAAACUAUUGUCGCCUUUGAACUUUAAUCUCUGUAGACAGUUUACAACAUAAACUAUAUAUACUAAUCUAAAACGGAUUGUGUUGGCCAGGCAAGGCAUUUCAGACCUGUUCAGUAUUAUUUUAUGGGAUGCAGGCUUGGGUAGGACACCUAUAAACUGGCAGCCUUGUAAGCUGAGAAACAGGACUGAGAUACUGAGAUUGUUGACUAAAGGGACGAUAAAAAUCAUAUACUUUGAUAGAUUUUCUACAGUGUAAUUUCUAAUAAAGUAUUUUCAACCAAA